CUUGCUCGCCUUUGCCCCUUCUGUCUCCCUUCGUCCGUAGCAGACCAGGAACGCCCAAGGCGCUAGCGUCUCCAAGAUGGUGCUGCAAAACGACAUUGACUUACUCAAUCCACCGGCAGAGCUUGAGAAGCUAAAGCACAAGAAGAAGCGGCUAGUCCAGUCCCCCAACUCCUUCUUCAUGGAUGUCAAGUGCCAGGGCUGUUUCAGCAUAACCACUGUGUUCAGCCACUCCCAGACUGUGGUUGUGUGCCCAGGCUGCCAAACUGUUCUGUGCCAACCUACCGGUGGGAAGGCCAGGCUCACCGAGGGGUGCUCCUUCCGUCGCAAGGGCGAUUAGGUCCUGCUUCUCUUAACGUGAGAAGAGAUAAAUUUGGUGUUUUGCAACUUUCUCAGGAUAUGUACUCGGUGAGGAUUUUGUUAAUUAUUAUGGCUGUUAGCGUGGCCUGACAAUGCUUGUGUAAACCUGCACUUUGUUUGAGCGUAGUGACAGCUAAUAUGGUGCUGUUUGGCUUUUGCUGAGGGAGUGGCAAUGCAAAUGAAAUCAACUGGUGGCGUUAUUUGUCAGGGUUU